UUAAGAUAUGCGUCCACCAAAAAUACGAUGGUACAGUCUAAGUAUAUGCUUACCAGAGAACGCGGACGAAUUUGUGGUACUGCGUGGGUGAAGACUUGCACUUCUCAAAUCCAUUUGAUUUUUGAACCAGAAAAAGUCCAACCAUAACUGAGUCACAAAUUCAAUCAGCUUCUUCUUUCCGCACACUUUAAAUCUUGAGCAUGGAACUUACCUAAACCCUUUACUGCAUCUCGGAAUUCACUUCAGAAUUCGCAUCUGUGAAACUAUCCUGUCAGCAUGAAGAUUCCAGGCGGCAGAGCCGUCACAACCUCGUCUCCAGAUUCCUCGUCCCCAGAAUUCACACUCAAACCCAGAAAGCCUACUUUCCUGUCGCUUCCAGCCGAGAUCCGCCUCCGCAUAUACGAAUAUCACCUCUCUUCUCCGAUCGGUAUCAUCGUCAAAUAUCGAGCACGCGAGCGCUAUCAAUGUGACCGGUGCUAUCCGAUAGAUCACUGGGGGCUAGACCCUUUUGACUCGUAUUGGGAUUGGAAGCAAGGCCAGCACAGGUCGAAUCUGCUGCGCGCCUGCAAGCAAAUCGCUGCCGAAGCACGACCGGUGGCACAAAAUGUGUGCCCAGCGUUCUCCUUUGCGUUCCCGUACGUUGGGAGGCAUAACCUGCCCAAACUCCCGUACUCCCUUGCACGAAAGGUCCGUACUGUGGAGAUCAACAGCCGAGGCAUACCUCCGUUCUUCCGAGCCUUCACGAGUGCACUAAAGCCGGGCGUGUACGUAUACAGGGUGGAACCACGUGGGCCAUGCCUUCAUUACAUCUAUGAUCGUGGUCUCGAGCAUGUACAAGAGGUCAUGAUACAUUCGCAUACGUCGCUGCCAAUCAAAGUGAGGGCCUUGGGACAAGAAAUCACAAAGUUGUGCCAGAGAGAAGCAACAGUCAAUGCUCAUCAGGAAUUGCUUCAGCGUUGUUUUCACCAGGCUAAGGUAGCCCUGUUUCCAAAAACUGAGGCUCCCACCAGUUUACACGGUUGUGAUGGUGAGCAGGAAUAUGAUGAAGAUUUGUUCCAAGUAUUUAAGAAAAAAUUGGGACACCGGGUCGUGAAGAUCCGCUGCUCAUUCUACGAGCCGGAAUUUGAAGAGAACCGGAGUGUACCAGAAUCACAAGAUGAUACCUGGGUCUGCCAAGUAUCAGGAUUGCUGGUUCUGGGCCGGAUUGGUGUUCGACUUGCCAACCUUCGAACGCAUCGACGAGUUGAGAAGAAGGAAGGAGAUAUGUUCAAGAACGUGAUGAUGUCUAAGGAGGAGUGCAAGUGGCGCUACAGUCCACCGUGCGAUCCGGAUGAUCAAGGUAGAGAACAGCGGGCAAAAUUAGGAGCGUGGUAUGUUCUUCAGAGGGAGGACGAGUUGAAUGGCAUUGAUAACGGUUGCAGCUGCUGCGGAGAGUUUUCUACAAUGAUUGCACUACGGAUGAUCCUAAGCACCUUUGCAGGUGCUCCACCAUUUUCCGCAGCAGUCACUUCUAGAGGCUUGCAUGCAAGGUGCCAUCUGCCCUGGACCCUGCUUGAAAUAGAGUUGUCCCUUUGAGAUGCUGUUCAUCAGCCAAAUAUUGCCGCUUCUUAGAACAGGCCCGGCAGUAAAUCAGUGUGAGCAACCAGCACAUAUCGCAGGGCUUUGUCUGGUAGGCUUGACGUUCGGGCCGGUUGCGUUCGCAGGAGGUUUUCAGAUUCCUUGCGGCGCAAGUUGAUUCAGACUGGUCGUAUGCGCACCCGUUCAGCUGUGGGCGAGGACGCCAUGUCUCGCUCGAAUUGGACUUUCGUGAACCAUGCCACUUCCAGGCUUCAUGCAGAGCUGAUUCCGAGGCCCCAACAGCUGACGUGGCAAUCGCAGGCAGCCAAGCUCAUGUUGAGGGGGUUGGCAAGAAUGUUGAGAAAAUGUCUGCGUUUGCGCAUAUCGGAAGGGGAUCCAAGACUGAG